AUGGAAUCAUUAUAUGGAGCGAUUAAACAAACUUUAGGCCCAUUGGGAAGAGAUAUUUUGUUGAGUAAAGCAGCGGUUUUAACAAAUCAAGGGAGUAUAAUAAUCGAUAAUGUGGAAGAGAGUUCUCAUUUAGUCCAAGUAGUCUUAAUCUUAUUUACAGGGGAGAAUCUGCAUAUUGGUAAGGCAGUCACCAAGGAUGGGGUUCAUCCGCUUUGCAAUGAAAUCGUUCAAGCUGGGUCUGGUUGAGAUGAAUCCCUCAGUGAGAAAAGAUCGACACCAUCUUGCUCUUUUUGGGCAUUUGACGCCAUGGGACAGUGUUUACUUUUCCUCUUAUGCCUCCUCCUUGCCUCUCAGCUCCUGUAUUAAGUGGGCGGACUACGGACUUCUGCGGCUGCUGCUUGGGCUGCACGAAGAUUGUCCGCACAGAAUCCCCAAAAUGGAAUUUCUGCUGACUUUCGGCAAAAGGGAAAAAUUCAAAACUUCCGGUUUUACGUAAGAGAGUUGCCCUAUUGGUUUAGGUAUUACCUGUAGACCUUGCUGGGCUUUCCCUUUCCAAUUCUGUACCUCCGCUCUCUAAGUAAAAUCCAACUCUGAAAGCGGAUUUUGGCUAAGCUCCAAAAACGUCAUGGAAUUGCUUACCUAGCAUUGCUGUCCAUUUCUGAUUUCGCAAAAACCUUGCCGGACAUACUGUAAAUAUGUGCUCAAAGUUGCAUGGCCGGAGGCCAUGCUUAGUCCAAGUAGUCAAGAAAACGUUAAAACACCUAGUAGAUGGAAAAUCUCAAUUUGUAAUUCUGAGCUAUUUGUUUAUAAAAGCAAUAGAAACAGAAAGAAGAAAUAAAACAGUUCAAAUGAUUGAAAAACUGUAUUUUUCAUGCUUUGAUAGAGUUAUAAUAGAGCCUUUUAUCAAAAUUGUAAAGCAUAUUUAGUCAAAAAGAGAUGAAAAUGCUGCAGAAAUGCUGGCGUGAACUGCAUUAUAUGGGAAAUAUACAAGAGAAAAAACAAUUGAAAUUAUAAAAAUUGCAGAAAAUGCAGCGAAUCAUGAUUUCAGUUAUAGAAAUCUGGAGUUUACCUAUGAAAUUCUUGAAGCCAUUUAUGUUGGAGAUGCAAUCAAGCUUGUUAAAGGAAAUAUAAUCAGAGGCCAAAUCUCAAAAAUUUUCUCUGGCAAUAGAUUAAACCCAAAAAUUAUCAUAAUUCCAAGCAGAGACCUUAUCCCCGUGUCAAUUGAAACAGAUAUCUCAAAUUUACUUGAAUAUUCCUUAAAUUUGCAGCAAGAGCUUUUAUUAUAUUUACAAGAAAAUAAUUUUUCUGUUGCUAUUCUAGAUUCUUCAGCUCCAUUAUGAGUAAAAGACUCAUUUUGUUCUCUAAAAACAACCGUCGCAGAAGGUUUUAAUAAUAAAAAAGCCCCGUACAGUUCAUCCUCCCUAACUAUAUUAUUUACUUGAGACAUUUUAGCAAAAUAAUGAUUUUUACCAAUGGCUAUUUGUAAAUUUUCGACUAAAAAUGCUGAGAAAAUACCUCUAAAAGUGGGACCAAAAACAACUGUGUUAGAAGUACAAUUAAAAUAG